UCCACGCUGAAUUAGCUGUUGGGAGUUCCCAGCUCACUGGGCUCUUUCCUAGAGGGAGGCAGAGCUCCGGCUCAGCCCCGCGCGCCCCGCGGGACCCAGCAGCGCAGCGCGCAGCGCCCAGCGCCUGGCGCGGCCGGCGAUGCCUGAGAACGGCUCCUACACCAACUGCUGCGAAGGCGAAGGCGAAGGCGAAGGCGAAGGCGGCGGACCUGCCGUGCACCCCGGCUUGUCAGGGCUGGGCGGCACGCUGCCCUCCGGGACCCCUCGACCCCCCUGGGUAGCUCCCUCGCUGGCUGCCGUGCUCAUCGUCACCACCGCCGUGGACGUCGUGGGCAACCUCCUGGUCAUCCUCUCCGUGCUCACGAAUCGCAAGCUCCGGAACGCAGGUAACUUGUUCUUGGUGAGUCUGGCCUUGGCUGAUCUGGUGGUGGCCCUGUACCCCUACCCACUGAUCCUCCUGGCAAUCUUCUAUGACGGUUGGGUGCUGGGGGAAGCACACUGCAAAGCCAGUGCCUUUGUGAUGGGGUUGAGUGUCAUUGGCUCUGUCUUCAAUAUCACCGCUAUUGCCAUUAAUCGGUACUGCUGCAUCUGCCACAGUGUGGCCUAUCACCGACUCUGUAGACACUGGCACACCUCCAUCUAUAUCAGCCUCGUCUGGCUCCUAACCCUGGUGGCCUUAAUACCCAACUUCUUCAUGGGAUCUCUGGAAUAUGACCCACGCAUCUACUCCUGCACCUUCAUCCAGACAGUCAGCUCCCAGUACACAACAGCUGUGGUCAUCAUCCAUUUCCUCCUUCCCAUGACGGUAGUGAUCUUCUGUUACUUGCGAAUCUGGGUGUUGGUGCUUCAGGCCCGCAGGAAAGUCAAGUUGGAAAACAAGCUGCACGUCCGGCCCAGCAAUGUGCGCAGCUUUUUAACCAUGUUUGUGGUGUUUGUGAUCUUCGCCAUCUGCUGGGCCCCCCUCAACUGCAUUGGCUUUGCUGUGGCCAUAAACCCAGAGCAAAUAGCUCCCCAAAUCCCAGAGGGGCUCUUCGUCACUAGCUACUUCUUGGCUUAUUUCAAUAGCUGCCUUAAUGCUAUUGUCUAUGGGCUCCUGAACCAGAACUUCCGCAGGGAGUACAAGAGGAUCCUCUCCUCCCUCUGGAUGCCACAGAGAUGCUUUCAGCAGGAUUCCAAGGACAGCCAUGCAGAGAGGCUGCAGAGUCAAGCCCCACCCGUGACUAACGUCCUGCACCAUGCCCAGAGGGACUCGAGUCUGGUCUGAGGCACACUAGCUGGCCAAAAGCCCCAUGAAUGGUUGGGAAUGAAUCUGCUGCAAGGGUGAGAUCAGGCAGCCUGCUGCUCCACUCAUCCUGUUCAUAUCCACUGCCCACAACAUGUGGAAUCUGGUGUUACUGGCAAGGGUACCAUCAGACACUGGACCUGCCAAUCACUCCGGGAAGCGUCGACUGGGAGGUGUUGGAGCCUUGGCACACACAAUGCCAAGGAAGAAAAAGAAUGAGAACAGGCCUGGGGACAAAUUGCUCAAUGCCUUCCCAUGAGCUGCAGUCAUUCUCCUGCCUGGACCUCCUUCCUGCUGUCUCUCCUUCUCCUGAGGGAACCGUGAGAAUACCUCUUCCAGUUAGCUCGGAGGAGACGCAAGACAUGCGGGGCUGGAAUGUACCCAUCUGCGAGGCUGCCUGCAGGGGUCCUGGAAGAGGAGGUUUUUAGUGAAGAACCAGGAACCAAGAGAAUGCAGGACAGUGGGAAAAGCUCGAGACAUCAGAUGAUGUGUGUGCAUGGUGGAGUGGCCUCACACUACAGGCCCUGACUUUAAAUAAAGAUGAGUUUUCUGAAGCUGUGUGAGUACUCUGUUCAUCUUCUUCCUUGUGGACCUUGGACAGUUCUAGUGAAAGGUGCUACCUAGAUCCUAAGUCCCUAUUUCUGGGACCACCUUCAG